AUGUGCUUUGCCCCCGGACAGGAUCAAACCCAUAUCUAUUCCACUGUUGUCUUUCAGGUGUAUUGCGGUCUCACAAGUCAAGGCCAGCUGAUAGCAGUGAAGCAGGUUGCCUUGGAUUCUUCAAAUCAAGACACUGCAGAGGAGUACCAGAGGCUCCAGGAAGUGGACUUGCUAAAAACUCUCAAUCACAGCAACAUUGUAGGUUUUUUGGGAACCUGUCUUGAAGUAAACAUUGUGAACAUCUUUAUGGAGUUUGUUCCAGGUGGAUCUGUUUCCAGCAUCAUCAACCGCUUUGGACCUCUUCUCGAAAAGGUGUCUGCCAUUUAUACAAAACAGAUCCUGGAAGGGGUUGAUUAUCUGCACAAUAGCUGGGUGAGCCACAGAUACCUCAAAGGGAACGUUGUGCUUAUGCCCACUGGUAUUAUAAAACUCAUAGAUUUUGGCUGUGCCAAACUGGCUUGUUUGAACAUGACAGGCAGCAACAGUGAAAUGCUCAAGUCUAUGCAUGGCACUGCAUGUUGGAUGGUGCUGGAAGUUAUCAAUGAGAUUAGGCACAGCAGGAAAUCAGAUAUCUGGAGUAUUGGAUGCACUGUAUUUGAAAUGGCAAUGGGUAAACCUCCACUUGCUCAUAUGGACAGGAUGGCAGCCUUGUUUUACAUUGGUGCACGGAAGGGACUUAUGCUGUCCUUACCAGACCACUUCUCAGAAAGUGCCAGGAACUUUGUCCAUGCAUGUUUUACAAGCGAUCAACAAGAAAGACCCUCUGCUAAACAAUUACUGGAGCAUCCUUUCAUCAAUUAGAAAAAUAAUGAAAUCAUCAGCCAUUAAGCCCAAGAUGUGAAAUGCAGCAAGGCAGAACACAUUUCAAAACCUCUAGAAGUAACAAGACAUGAGAAUUUCAGAAAUGUUAAUGCUCACAUAAUCAACUUGGAGAAGAAACAAGAUACUUUAUUUGUUACACUAUGCACUGUUUACAAGCAAAAGUGGUCAGACAGGUAAUCAAGGGUUAAAGAUGUUGACAGAACAAGUCAGAUCCUCAUUGGACCUAUUCUGAUUUCUCAUUCUCAUUUGUUUUGUGCAUAAGUUAGUUUACCAAAAUGAACUUUAUAUUGUAUUUAUAAAAAGAAUUGUAAUAAAUACUUAUACAAAAUAAACUCUGGAUUGCAUAUUGUACAAUCCACACCAGGUGCAAUAUUAAAAAACACACUUGGGUAGAAAAAUAGUCCCCUUUCAGUCCCAGUUAUUGUACAUAACAAAAGUUCCUCCAAUACAGCAAAAUCAAACAAUUGAACAGAUCACAAGUUUAAUUUAUUUAUUUAUUUUGAAGAUUAGGACAUGAAAAAGCUUUUUCUAUAAACUGUCUAGCAUUACUGUAAAUGGUUUUCUAUUUUACCAAAUCACCUGUUCUACCUCCCUCUCUCCAUGGCAAUUACAGUGCUGUGAAAAAGUAUUUGCCCUGUUUGAUUUUCUGCAUUUUUGCAUAUUUAACACAUUGAAUUUGUUCAGAUCUUUUUGUGAGUUGUAGUAGUAUUUAGAGGGAGCCUGAGAGAAAAGGUUGUCAGCACACAGGUUCUAGAGGCACAUCAUGCCACUAUCAAAAGAAAUUCCUGAAGACCUCCUGAAAAAAGUU